AUGACGUUUAAUCUGGGCAAUUGUGAGGUUUUGCACUUUGGGAGAUCAAAUGGAGCAUGUGGAAGCUUUAGAGAGGGUGCAGAGAUUUACCAGGAUCCUGCUGGAUUAAAGAGCAUAACUGACCAGGAAAGGUUGAGUGAACUAGGGUUUUUCCUCUUCGGAGCAAAGGUCCACAGCGUGUCACAAGCACUGGAGGAGCACCGGCGGGAGGACCGGGUUCGGCCCAAGGUCCAGAGAGCCCAACCCCAUGGGGCCGCAUCCUCCGACAGCGGGUUGGCCGUGGACGAGGAGGACCCCAGCCGCUCCCAGGUCACGGAGGGGACUAGUGUGGCGGCGUGGGAGGGGCCGUCCGAGCCAGGGACGGUCUCCCAGUCCACUGCCCCUACCCCCACCCCUGACCCUCCCUCCGUGUCUGCUGGCGGUGGAGAAAAAGAAAAGGGGGCGGUCUCCUCGUCCAAGCGGAAUGGGAGCCGGGAGUUCCAGAGGGUAACCCGCAUGUGCUUCGCCAUGUUCCUGAUCUACGUGGCCUGUUACUUCCCCUUCUGUAUCAUGCACGUGGCAGAUGGGAAAAAACGGGCCCCCAUCCUCCUGCAUAUGAUCGCCGGUAACUGCACCUGGUUGAACAGCUGCCUCAACCCCCUGCUCUACGCAGUGAUGAACCGCCAGUUCCAGACCGCCUACCUCGGGGUGCUGAGGCGUGCUGCUGGCCUGUUCACCCGCUGCUUCUGCUCCGGGAGGUCUCCUCUCCUGCAUCCUCUCCCUUCACUGAUCCUCUCCAUCAUGUCGACUUCCCUCCCUCCUUUCCCUGCUCCAGCUUCCUCCCCCAUCUGACUCCAUCCACAUGCAGCCUCAUGUCAGCUCCAUCCCUCAACUCCCACCCUCUGUCCCUAUCUCCAACCCCUUCAUCACCCCGCUCCUGACCUGAGUCCACCUAUUACCUGCUCCUUCAGUCCAGGUGAAGGGUAUCAACCCGAAAUGUCAACUUGCCGCCUGAGCCCCUCCAGCAGAUUGGUGUGUAGCUUCGGAUCACAGCAUCUGCUGUCUCCAUGGCUGCUUUUGACUUUCUGUAUCAGACGUGGUGGGGAGGCGUUUGCUGCACUUAGAGGGGACAUCCUGACAUCUUUAGUGGAGCUCAGAUGGUGCAGUCAGUCUGAUGGGGCUAAACCAUGGACCUCUCGAUAUCCAGCGGGAAUUGGAAUUGGUUUAUUAUUGUCACCCGUACUAAGAUACAGUGAAAAACUUGUCUUCCAUUCUGUUCAUUCAGAUCAGAUCAUUACACAGUGUAUUGAGGUAGAACAAGGUAAAACAAUAACAGAAUGCAGAAUAAAGUGUCACAGUUACAGAGAAAGGGAAGUACAGGCUGAAAGUAAGGUGCAAGGGCCAUAACGAGUAGAUCGUGAGGACAAGAGUCCAACUUAUUGUACAAGGGAACUAUUUAAUAGUUUUAUAACAGAUCAGAGUUCAAUACCGACAUGUUGCCAUAAGGAGGAAGGAAGAGGAUGGAAGAUGGGGGAAGCUCGGCCCUCGUGAGCUUGCUAUUUUAGUCAAAAAGGAAACAGAAGCAUGUCUGUGAGGUGCAGGAGCUGAAAUCUGCAGGAAACGGGGGAGGAAAACC